AUGAUAUCGUCACUUCAAGAAUUACUUAAAACUGGGAGUGCUCUUGGACUACAGAGGUCAGAGCUCCGUGAUUUUCUUCUUGAUGAACAAAACAGAGAGAGAGAAGAGAGGAAGCUUGAUAGAGAGGAAAAGCGAACCGAAGCUGAGAGACAGCACCAGCUAGUUCUAUUGAAGGGGAAGAGGGAUGAAAUGGCGUUACAGUUGUCACUGGAGAAGGAGCGUGAGGAACGUGCUGUGAGAGAACAUAGCAGGAAGAUAGAGUUAUUGGAAUAUCAGAAAACCCAAGGUGCUAAUCCUACAGGAAAUGCUGACCAGAAGAUGUCCCAUGGUUUAGUGAAGGGUCCUAAACUGCCUCCUUACGAAGAAGGGAAGGACAACAUUGACAGUUAUUUGCAGCGGUUUGAGCGGUAUGCUAUAGCUCAACACUGGGAUCGAGAUAGUCAGUGGGCGACUAACCUCAGUGCUCUUCUCAAGGGUAAUGCCUUAGACGUCUUCAGUCGACUACCCGUGGAACAGUCAUUCAACUACGAUACUCUGAAAGAGGCUUUACUUAAACGAUUUGAGAUGACCGAGGAAGGGUUUCGACAACGGUUCCGGACUGGUAGGCCUGACUUAGGUGAAACGCUUACUCAGUUUUCUGUAAGGUUGGACAACUACUUUGUCAGAUGGUUGGAGCUGGCGAAAGCUGAGAAGACCUACGACGGGUUAAAGGACUUAAUGCUUCGGGACCAAUUUUUGCAGGUUUGUGGAAGUGAGCUUAGGCUGUUUCUGAAGGAACGCAUUCCAAAGUCCAUGGCAGAAAUGGCGAAGCUAGCAGAUCAAUUUGCUGACGCCAGAGGCAACCCUUCGAACCUUGUAAAGGCGAAACAUACUGGACAUAAGCAGUAUCAGGGAAAUGUUCCCAAGGGGACUUCACAAAGUCAUUGUCCAGCCAGUACCAAGAAGAAGCAAUCACGUGUCGGAUUAGUGGCAGACUCUGAUGCACAAGAGGCAGCACAAAUAGAAGGGAUCCGCAAGCAUCGUUCAUCCGGCAAGAAGACGGGUAACCCGCCUUCAUGUGGAGCUCUUAGUUCAAGUGAAGAUGACAACGAUGAACGAGAUCCAGAUCAGCUCAGCAUUUCAUGUAGUGCGCCGGUGUUGGAUUCUGGUAUGCCUGUGGUCAGAGGUCUUAUCGGCAAGCAUGUUGUCACAGUGUUGCGUGACACAGGUUGUAGUGGAGUCGUUAUCAGAAGGAGUCUCGUGGACGCAGAUUUCACUGGUGAUACCAAGAUGUGUACCUUGGCAGAUGGUAGUAAGUUGAAAGUUGAUACAGCGAAUGUUGUCGUUGAUACACCGUACUAUCAAGGAACUGUUAUGGCUUGGUGCAUGGACACUCCAAUUUAUGACCUCAUUUUGGGAAACAUACAUGGUAUUAGAUCUCCUGGAGAUCCGAAUCCGAAGUGGAACCUUGAGGAACAGGUUAGUGCAGUACAGACCAGGGCACAGAAGAAGGCGGAAGAGACGCCAUACAGACCACUGAAGGUUCCCAAGGUGUUUCAAGAAAUAAAUCCCAUAGAUUUCAAGGAUGCCCAGAUAAUAGAUGGAACGUUGGCUAAGAUUCGUGAGAUGGCGGUAUCGGGAGAAGUUAAGGAGAGACGUGAUGGUGGGAAAUCACAUUUCUUCACACGGAAUGGUCUGGUAUACAGGGAGUAUAAGAGUCCAUCUACGCAGCAGGGACGGAUUUUUAAGCAACUCGUCGUUCCCUCGACGUACCGGCAGAAGGUUAUGGGACUUGCUCAUGAUUCUGUGAUGGCAGGCCAUUUGGGAGCCAAACGAACUAGUGACAGGAUCAUGACAGAAUUCUAUUGGCCGGGAGCACAGUCUGACGUGACGAGGUAUUGUCGCUCUUGUGACGUGUGCCAGAGGACUUUCCCGAAAGGCAGAGUGACGAAGGUGCCACUUGGAAUGAUGCCACUUAUUGAUGCGCCGUUUCAGCGAGUCGCCAUCGAUAUAGUCGGACUAUUGCAACCCGCUACUGAUCGGGGAAAUAGGUUCAUACUCACGAUUGUCGACUACGCCACACGAUAUCCAGAGGCUGUAGCUUUGAAGGGAAUUGAGACCGAACGGGUAGCAGAAGCGCUAGUGGACGUAUACAGUCGGAUUGGAGUACCGAAGGAAGUACUAACAGACCAAGGGAGUCAGUUCACAUCAUCUGUUAUGGGAGAAGUUAGCAGGCUACUUUCAAUAUGUCAGCUUACGACAACCCCUUACCAUCCCAUGUGUAAUGGGCUGGUUGAGCGCUAUAACGGACCUCUAAAACAGAUGUUGAGAAGGAUGUGCUCUGAGCGACCAAAGGAUUGGGAUAAAUAUUUGAAUGCUUUAUUGUUCUCGUAUAGGGAGGUACCACAGGAAAGCUUGGGGUUUUCCCCGUUUGAGUUGCUAUACGGACGGGUUGUACGUGGACCAAUGAUGAUCUUACGUGAAUUGUGCGAGAAGGAGGUUGCAGACCCCGAAGUAAAGAGUACUUACCAAUAUGUUCUUGAUCUGCGAGAACGUCUUGAGGAGACCUGCAAGUUGGCACAAGAACAGCUCCGAAAGGCGAAAGUCACACAGGCAAAGUUUUACAACCGGAAAGCGAAGAACAGAGUGAUGGAGCCAGGUGAGAAAGUGUUGGUGUUGCUACCUACGAAACGGAACAAGCUCCAAAUGCAGUGGCGUGGGCCUUAUGGCAUCGUUGAACGUAAAGGGCCUAUGGAUUAUGUUGUGUCUGUCGACGGCAGGCAGAAAGUUCUACACGCAAAUUUGUUGCGUCGAUACGUUCAACGAGAAGGGACAGGAUUGAAUGAAGCUGGCGUUCUUAACGCGGUUUGUUCAUCAGUUAUAGAGGGGGAUUCUGGUGGUAUUGAAGAGGAAUUACCGAGUACUGAUUGUUUCAACAUACCAACACCUGUGAGGACAGAGACAGUAGAAGACGUGCAAGUAUCAGAGCUACUGACAUCCAAACAGAAGGUAGAGAUGAAGACUUUGUUGGAAGAAUUCUCAGAUGUAUUGUCAGAUGUUCCUGGGAGAACUAAUUUGGUAGUUCAUGAUAUCCGAACAACUUCCAGCGAACCAGUUAGGGCAAAGAACUAUCCGAUUCCCUAUAAUUUGAAGGAAACCAUCCGAGAAGAAGUAGAAAAGAUGCUGAAGAUGGGAGUCAUUGAAAAGUCCGAUGCACCAUAUGCAGCACCGGUGGUAAUCGUCAGGAAAAAAGACGGCACAAACCGCUUUGGUAUUGAUUACAGGCAACUGAACCGGGUAACCAUCUUCGACGCUGAACCGAUGCCGAAUGCGGACGAUAUUUUUUCUCGACUGUCAGGAAACAGAUAUUUCUCCCGCUUAGAUCUCAGUUAA